AAUGACGUUCUACGUCACAAACAUAAUCAAAACAUCUGUUUGCCGAGCUAGCACUUGUUACAGUAGCUAGCAGCCUAACUAAAAUAUAUUAAAACUGCUCGUCUUUUGUAGUCUUAGCAACACCGACUUUACAGAAUACAUCAGCUCUUCACACUCAGGAACUUUAUCAAACAUCAACUCCGGUUUCCAUCUUGUCUGUUGGAUCUGCAUGUCAGAAUAGGGAAGCAGAGUGAAGAGGCAGCUGCCAGCAGUGCAGCCAGCCCGAUGGACUCCGAUAGUCCAGAAAAAAGCGCUUUGUUGUCGGCUCAGGAGCUGAAGGAGCAGGGAAACCGCCUCUUUCUGAACCGCAAGUACCUGGAGGCUGCUGCCUGCUACAGCAAAGCCAUAACCCACAGCCCCUCUGUCCCAGCAUACUACACUAACAGAGCGCUGUGUUACGUGAAACUGCAUCAGUAUGACAAGGCUCUGGCAGACUGCAGACGCGCUCUGGAGCUGGACAGCCAAUCAGUCAAAGCUCAUUUCUUCAUGGGCCAGUGUCAUCUGGAGAUGGAGAACUAUGAUGAAGCCAUUGGCAACCUGCAAAAAGCCUAUAACCUUGCAAAGGAGCAACGGCUGAACUUUGGUGAUGACAUUCCAAGCGCUCUGAGGAUAGCAAAGAAGAAACGGUGGAACAGCAUGGAAGAGAGGAGGAUCAGUCAGGAGAGCGAGCUGCACGCCUACCUCACCAGACUGAUCCUUGCUGAGAAAAAGAGAGAACUGGAGGGCUGCAGACAGAAACAAGAGGACAAGUCUGAUGACAGCAGAAUUCAACACAAUCUCAACGCGAUCCACACAAAGCAUGACAAGUACCUCUCAGACUUGGAGGAGCUGUUUUGUCAAGUCGAUGAAAACAGGAAGAAGCGCGAGAUCCCAGACUUCCUGUGUGGAAAGAUCAGCUUUGAGUUGAUGAGAGAGCCAUGUAUCACUCCCAGUGGUGUCACUUAUGACCGGAAAGACAUUGAAGAGCACCUGCAGCGAGUCGGCCAUUUUGACCCAGUGACACGCACACCGCUGACCCAAGAUCAGCUCAUCCCCAACCUGGCAAUGAAGGAAGUCAUUGAUGCUUUUAUUUUGGAGAAUGGAUGGGUGGAGGACUACUGACGAGUAAAAAGAGGGAGGGGAAGUCAUUUUAACAGUUUAUGAAUCAAGGCAGAUCAGUCAGUUAUAGCCACUAGUCACCAUGGAGGGCUGCCGCUCUGCCACUGGUUUCAUUUAAGUAGUUUAUGACAAGUUUGAUGUCCACAACAAAUCAAGUGGUUUCUCACAAUAAGCCUCACUGAACUUCAUUUUAAUGAUCAUCUUGCUCCAGUGACCACGAGUGAAUUUAAAAUAUGCAGUACUUUUCAAAACUGAAGUUACAAAGUGCUUCAAAGUAACGAGAGAAAGGUGAAUUUAUAUAACAAGGAGAAAUGACUGAAGAACCCACAGUGUAUAAGUCACUUCAGUUUAGUGUAAGUGAACAUUUGCACAAAGAUCCCGUCUUCGACUGCCACUUGAUUGUAACAAAGAUCCAAAAAAUCAGCCGUGAAAUAACCAAAACAGCUGCAACUUUGGCUGAUAAUUUUGGUCUUUGUAUCCAAUUUCAAGCGGAAGCUCACAAAAUAUGUUUUUAAGGCUUUAAAAUAUGUGGACAGUAGAUUCAGUUUAGCUGCUGUGAUGAUGCUUUCAUGUUGAAUAUGGCACAAAUCAUGAAAUAUUCAGAAGUCAGUCAAAUGCCGGGUGACAGAGCAACAGUCCUUUUUUUUUGUUUCUGUUUUGUUUGGUCCAUUUUUUCCAUUUUGCUUGUUUUUACUGGGACCAUUGAGAGCUCAACACCUCAGGCAUGAGCUGCACCAUUUAAUCACAGUCUGAGGACUGUGUACAGCUCCUACACUGAGGAUUUAAUUCAGUAGAAGUGAAUGGGACAGAGAAGUGAUAUCACAGUGCCUUUAUUCAUGCCAUCACAUGCUUGUAUUAGUGCUCAUAUUUAGGACAUUAAAUGUGUUCACUUUUCCACUGUUUAUGAGUAACUAUUGAAUGAGCAGCUGCACAGGGUGGUCACUGAUGGUUUAAUGGCUGAUUUGCCUCAAUUAAAAAUAACCCAGUAUUGAUUAUCAGGUAUUGUGAUCAUCCUUGCUGUGGCUCUGAAUAUCAAGACACUGCCAACUGCAGUCAGUUUACUCAUCAACCGACACUCAAUAACCACAAAGUGAAAACAUGUUUUUAGACAUUCUUGUAAAUUUAUUAAAAAAUCACAGACUGAAAUCAGUUUAUUCAGACCCUACUGUGGCAGAUUGUGGUCAAGUUCAUCCUUUCUGCUUUUAUUUUCCCUGUGGUGGGUGUGAUUACUUCCUGAAGCCACUGUAUAUGAAAACUGUACCACUGGUACACUUUAAGUAUGAACUGAGUAAACAGCUGUAUUUGCCGUUUAAAGACCAGCUGGAAGGUGGAAGGACCGGUUUUAGUUUUACGUGCUGCUCAGUACCACGAAAGAUUGUCUUUAUAUUGUUCUUUUAUUCAUGAACAGAUUUUAUGGGGAUCCAUGAUUUUUUUGUUUUUUUGUGUGUUGACUCUUUUUCCUGGUUUUCUGCACUUUCUGGAGUGCAUAUACACGGUAUCUAUCAUUAUCAGUGUUAUUAGUUUUAUUACAGGUGUGUGCGUGUUUAUUUUAUCCACAAUUGGCUGUUUAAAUGUGUCAAUCAAGUUAAAGUGUAAUUUCUUGCAUUUGUAGACUUUAUUGAAGACUGAAGGGUCUUUCGUUUGACCUUUAUGGGAAACUAACUUUCAGUUGAGACAUCAGUGUGACAAUCAGAUUUCACAUGCCACAGAAAAACUAAAAGCAUCUGGCUGCUAUGGAAUAAAGGAUAAAACAUGUUCAGAAAUGAUAUGACAAAAGAAAUUUGCCAUGUCUUGAGUGUCAGUCAUUUGUGCUCGUCCUUCAGUGAUUUGAGACACUGGGAAGCUGUAAUGUUUAGUCCUCAAUCAGCAAUGACAGUAAUACAUCUCCUUUUGUUUUUAGACAUCUGUCUUCACCAAGCACCACAGUAACAGAUGAGUAUUAAUUCUAAGAUUUGUGUUUUUGCUAUGAAACCUUCAGUGUACAUCUAAAAAAGUACAGAAAUCAGUUUUCUGCAUAAAAAGUAAAACUCUAUACUGCUGAAACUACACUUGUUAGAUCCUCUGGUCACAAAACACAUUAAAUAACUUUGAAAAGGAAUCUUGGUUUUAAUUAAAAAAU